AUGCAAUAUAAAAAGCAAGAAGUCUAUAAUCAAGCCACAGUGCCUUACUUUUUGCUCCUGGAAUUCUCAAAAAAUCGCCCUAUGCAGCUUUUACAUUUCUUCGUGUUUUUUGUUUUAUAUCUGGCAAUUGUAGCAACAAAUCUUCCAAUCAUCUGUGCAGUAGUUUUUGAUCAUCAAUUGCACAGCCCCAUGUACUUCUUUCUAAUGAAUUUGGCUCUACAGGACAUAGGCUCUGUUUCAGUGAUUGUCCCCAAAUCCAUGAUAAAUUCUCUCAUGGACACCAGACACAUCUCAUACUUUGGUUGUGUUGCUCAAGUCUUGAUCUUUGUCUCCUUUGAAGCUUCUGAUUUAUCCCUCCUGACAGUCAUGGCAUAUGACCGACAUGUUGCUAUUUGCAAUCCACUGCAUUAUGAGAUGGUGAUGAAUUGGAAAGCCUGCAUUGAAAUAACAAUUAUAGUGUGGUUUGCAGGUCUUCUAUAUGGAAUGUUGCACACCACUGGAACCUUUUCAAUCCUUUUUUGUUCUAAUAUUGUCAACCAAUUUUUCUGUGAAAUUCCACAGUUGCUUAAACUAUCCUGCUCGGGUUUCAAUCUACUUGAGGUUGGAAUUCUUAUGUCUGGUAUCAUUGUUGGAUUAGGUUGUUUUACUUACAUUUUUGUAUCUUAUGCAGUGAUCUUUAGGGCAGUGUUAAGAAUCCCUUCUGAACAAGGAAAACAAAAAGCCUUAUCCACUUGUCUUCCCCACCUUGUUGUAGUGUCUUUGAUAGUAUUAACUGGGAGUUUUGCCUAUCUGAGAUCUCCUGCUGAUAGUCCAUCUUACUUGGAUUUUGGACUGACUGUUCUGUAUUUGUUUCUUCCACCCCUGUUCAAUCCAAUCAUUUAUAGCAUGAGAAAUAGGAAUAUCAAAUAUGUCCUGUCCAAACUAUGGAGAUUCUGA